GGGAAAAAUAAAGAGCUGUGUUUGAGCCGACCGUGAAGCAAAGACAUCCUCUCAGAGACCGCCUGCCGUUACACCGUGCCAGUUGUUUCAACACCUGUAGCGACCAAGCUCUUCCUCUCAAAAUGGCGGUGAUGCUGAAGACGUGGACGGUGCUGGUGGCCCUGGUGCUGUGUGUGCUGGUGUGUCUGGGGACCCUGGCCGACGCGUACCCCCCCAAACCGGAGAACCCUGGGGAGGACGCAGCCCCCGAGGAGCUGGCCAAGUACUACACCGCUCUGAGGCACUACAUCAACCUGAUCACCAGGCAGAGAUAUGGAAAGCGUUCAGCCCAGGAGGACGUGAUGGCAGAGCUGAUGUUUGGCAGAGACAGUACCAGAGACCAGCGGUCAAGGUACGACGACACCUACAUGUGGUGACUCCGCCUCCUCUCUCCCUCAACACCGGGUACCCCCUCCAGGUGUUACUCAUGAUGCACCUGGAGGGGCCAACAUGUGCCUCUUGUCUCUGAACCCUCCCUCGUCCUCGUCCUUCCCCCCUCUCUCUCUCUCUCGCUCUGUCUCUAUCUCUGUCUCUCUCUCUUGCUCGCACUCUUUUUCUCUCUUUAGCAUUUCUCUCGCCAUAUCUGUUACUUUCCUCCAUGUUUGUGAGCAGAAAACUUGUGAACUAAUAUAUGAUAUAAAUACAUGUCCAACAACUGUGGCUAAAUCCUUGGUUGGAACCCUAUUUCCUGUGUGUGUGUGUGU